UAAAAACAUGAAAGUUGAGACAUUUUUAUACAUUCUGCUAAUUUUGGGGUAUUUCGGAGUAAGUGGUUAAGCAAAUUAACCCGCAGGAGUACAAUCAACACCACAAACCGACAGUCAACCUGCAUAUCUUUGUUCGACAGGUAAUAAUGAAGAAUAUACAAUAGGCUAUUUUUUCAAUGAUUAGAUCUGUAUGUCUUGCAUGAUAGUUGCAGGAGGAUUAUGCACAUGUAAAACAUAUAAUGGCUGUGAUACUCUUACUUGCAAUGAUGGUUAUUACUAAGUUGGAUAGUAUAUUUAAAUAUCAUAUAAUAUAGAUCUUGCAUCACAAUUCCUGACAGCAAUUGUGCCAAAGGUGGUUUAUCAGCCGAUGGAACGAGCAUAGUGUGUUACUCAUGUAAAGCUGGUACUUCGACAACAUUGAUUGGUAUAUUUAAUAAUUAUAUAAUAGGUGGAAUAUGUGUUUCGAAUAAUAAUUGUUAAACCUUCGAUGUGAAUACUGGUAUUUGUACAAAAUGUACUGAUGGAUUCUACAAUGUAAUGGCUGAAUACACUCCCAGUGAAUAUUUUGAUACAACAGCAUCCACUUGGACUUCAACUAAUUAUCCUUUAUACUUCCAAAACAUCAAUUAAUGUAAAUCUUGCAAUGCAGCCGCCUCAUGCAAAACUUGUAAUUUCCUGUAAUUAUAUUCAUGAUUAAUUACUUUAGUACUUAAUGCACAGAAUGUAUUGAUAGUUACUAUUUGACUGGAAUUACAUGUACACCAUGUAUUUCAGGAUGUUAAAAAUGUAGUGAUACUACAUCUUGUUCUGUGUGCUUGACAUCAUACUAAUUGACAAAUACAAACACCUGUUAGUAAUGUAAUGGAUCCUAAUAUUGGGAUACACAAAACAAAAAUUGUGUUGAUUGUACAACAAUAGAUCCCAAUUGCACAGCAUGUACUUCUAAUGCAUGCACAACUUGUGGUGCUGGUAACUACGCUGUUAAUGGGGUAUGUAAAACAUGUACAGGAUAUCCAUCAACAUGUUCUGCUUGUGAUGCAAAUAGCAAUUGUACCAGUUGUUCUUCGGUCUCACCUAUUUCCAUCUUACAAAAUGGUGCAUGUAAAUCAUGUCCCACUAAUUGCUAAUCUACAUCAAAUUGCUCAUACAAUACAUAAAAUAACACUACAGUUUGUUCCUUAUGUCAAGAUCUUUAUUACGUAACCUCAUCAGGACAAUGUGCUAGGUGUGAUUCAGCCGGAGAAAGCAAUGGUUUAAGAUGUCAUUAUGAUGCAACUGUUGCCGGUAACAUAGUCUACACCUAAUGCAAACCCCCUUAUUUCUUGGCUAAUAACAAAUGUACAUAAGCCUAAUCUACUAACACUUGUGCCAAAUUACAAGUACCAACAGAUUAAACUGCAAUCAAUAAUCAAAAUUGUGCUGAAUGCUGGCCUGGAUAUAUUUAAAGUGGUGCUACUUGUUUCUAAUGUACCAAUUGUCAAUCUGGAAGUUGUUCCUUAAAUACAAGUAAUUAACCAUCAUGCACUCUAUGCGUUGACGGAUACUAUUCUGAUUCCAAUCAAAAAUGUCAAUCCUGUAUUUCCAAUUGUACUUCUUGCAGUGGACCUGCUAUUGGAGAUUGCACAAAUUGCUAAGCUGGUUAUUUCAAGGGAACUAAUUCAUGCUCCGCUUGUACAGUUGACAGUAACAAUCACGCAACUUGUUUGGUUUGUUAAGAUGCUACCAACUGUUCCAGUUGCAUAAAUGGAUACUAUGUUUCAAAUGGAUUAUGUUUGGCCUGCUAAUACGGAUGCAGCUAAUGUACUAGCCCAGGAAAUGUAUGCACAUCAUGUAUCAGCGGAUACUAUUUGUAAAAUGGAGGUUGUGUUUAAGAUAAUGGAAAUUGUUAUUCCACUGAUAAGGUCAAUGUACUCACUACAAUUUAAGCUAAUUAAACCAAUGGUUGUUAGAUAUGUAAUUAUGGUUUCUACUUGACCAGUGGAUGGUUAACUUAAUCAACAUCAUCAUAGAUUCAAGAUUUCGUUUGCAUGUAAUGUGUUUAUCCUUAAACUGCUGUAUUUUUAUUUGUUUUAUCCUUUUUAGUUUGUUUGCAGAACUAACCCAUAAGAUGUUUCUGUCCAAUCUGUCUAAUCCACAGUGACCACUCUACCAUCCAGCAGUCAAUACUUUACCAAGGGUUCUGUUGUUACCACUAUUUCCAAUUUCGGCUUAUUAGAUACUAGAUAUACCUAGGCCACAUGUGCUCCUGGAUACUUCUGGACCAAUCAAAGUUGCAUGCCUUGCAUGUCCAUCACUAAUGGUACAUGUACACAAUGUACUAAUCUCACUGCUUGUUAAUAAAUUACAUGCUCUGCUAACUACUUCUUAACCACUAUCAAUAACAACUAAUUGUGUGCUCCCAUACCAGCUGGAUGCAGUGAACUGACUUAUUCAACUACACUUCUUGCCUUAGCAUGCACAAAAUGCAAUACUGGAUAUACUCUUGUUGGUUCUUCCAUCUGUGUUUCAAAUACAGGUUGUCAAACAGUCAAUCCAAGCACUGGAAUAUGUACUCAAUGUUCAGAUGGUUUCUAUUUCAAUUGGGAUUUCGUCCUGAAUGCAUAAUAAAAUGCUCCAACUACCAACACCAAAUAUUACUCCACAUUCAACUAAUUCUGUUCACCAUGUUAAGCAGGAUGCUAGACUUGCCCAUCCCAAUACACAUGUACUUUAUGCUUACCAGGAUAUUUCUGGUACUAAUCAACAGUGACAACCAACACAGGUGCAUUUAUUAAGUACAGUUCCAGCUUGACAUCAAAUAUGUCAGGAUAAUGUGUUGCAUGUCCUAAAUAUUGUUAGACUUGUACAUCAGCCACUACUUGCAGUACAUGCUAUACUAAUUUCUAACCUGAUCCUAACUCAACUGUCGGUGCUUGUAUGUGUCCAUCAGGAUAUAAUUUAAUAACUUCUGGUACAUCAGUAACAUGUAUCUAAUAAACACAAACUACUGCAACUUGUAAUAUAACUGCUUGUUCUCAAUGCAAUGCCGAUAACACUCAAUGUUUGGCUUGCUUAGCACAAUACCAAGGAAAGUCCUACACUUUAUUGGGAUCAACUUGUGUGACCUGUUCAUAAAAUUGCAGUCAAUGCACAUUAAUGACUGGCAGCACAAGUCAAACUACCUGCCAAGUUUGCUAGAAUGGAUACUAUAAGACACAAAGCGCCAAUGAUCAACCAGUCCUCUGUUCUAUUUGCUCAUAAACUGGAGCUCUCUUAUGUCAAGGUCCUUUGGAAAAUGCCACUUUCACAUAAGUCACAGUUAUCUAAUGUCAAAAUAACUAUUAUUUAUAUAAUGGAGCAUGUGUCCCAGUACCCACUACUGCUACUUGCUAUACAAUCUCAGCUGCAAAUGGCAGCAAUUGUCAAUAAUGUCUCCCUGGAUAUACAUUAUUUGGAAGCACUUGUUAAACUUGUGCCACAAGCAAGAAUUAGAACUGUUUAACAUGCACUGCAAAUGCAGAUAACACUGGAUUGUAAUGCACUUCCUGCUAAAAUGGAUAUGUGAUAGAUUCUGCUAACAACGCUUGUGUUGCAUGCGCAAGUGGAUGCACCAAAUGUACUUUGAUUGCAGCCACCCAAAACACUGCAUAGAGUACCUCAUGCAGCACUUGUAACGAUGGAAAUUACUUGGACAACACCACUGGAAGAUGCUUUGCUUGCCCAUAUGAUUGCAAGACCUGCGAUACUAAAUAUGUAAUUAUUCUAUAUAUUCUUAGACAUGCACAACAUGCAAGGAUGGAUUUUACUUAAAAUAAUCACAAACUACAUUCAAUGGAAAAUAAUAAACCUUCAAACCAUGUUACCCAUGUUAAUCUAAUUGUGCAACAUGCUCAGCCAACGGAAAUGUCUGUUUGACAUGCUCAAGUGGAUAUAUUUUGUAAAAUGGUGGAUGUGUCAACUUGUAAUAAACAAUCGUCAAUGACGCCAACAAGUACAAUUACGCAAAUUGCUAUUAACUUGACACAACUAACACUGGAUGUCUUAACUGUUUAGCUGGAUUCUACUUAGAUGCCUCAAAGGUUUGUUAAGAAUGUGUCUCUCCAUACAAUAAUGUAAGAUAAGUCAAUUAACCCUUAGUUUGUUUGUGGCCUCAAACCAGUAAGUCCAACCAAUCCAGUAGACCCAGGAAAUAAUAACAACAAUAAUUAACCACCAACUGACACAACUAUCCAAAUUGGAUAAAAUCCAGCUCCACCAAGUUCAUAUUCAAUUAUAUUGGGAAUGCUAAUAAUCAUAGUUUUAUAAUGAGCAUUUUUAGAUAAUCACAAUUAUAUUUUAAAUAA